AUCGCUCCUUUCUGGUGGUAGUGUCCAAGAGGGAAAGAAGUAUCACAGAAAAACAUCAACACAAAACAAACAACAACCUUUGUGCCCUUUUCCUUCUUUCUUUCUUUCAUUCAUUCGUUCACAAUGAACAGCAUCUCGUCACUCGCGCUUGAUUCUCACGCCGUUUGCAACCCUCAGCGCCCCUUCUCCUUCCACCGCGCUCGCCCCAUUCCAAACGUCGUCGUCUGCUCCGCCAAGCCCGUCGCGCCUCCUCCCACCAAGCUCGCCGCCGUCGACGCCUCCGCCGGCCGCAUCGGGUCGCUCAGCCAGGUCUCCGGCGUGCUCGGUUGCCAGUGGGGCGACGAGGGCAAGGGGAAGCUCGUUGACAUCUUGGCCCAGCACUUCGAAAUCGUUGCUCGCUGCCAGGGUGGAGCUAAUGCUGGGCAUACAAUUUAUAAUGCAGAAGGGAAAAAGUUCGCCCUUCAUCUUGUUCCUUCUGGUAUUCUCAAUGAGGAUACUCUAUGUGUGAUUGGGAAUGGUGUUGUAGUGCACCUGCCAGGGUUGUUUAAAGAGAUUGACGGUCUUGAGUCAAGUGGGGUCUCUUGCAACGGAAGGAUAUUGAUAUCUGAUCGUGCACACCUGUUGUUUGAUUUCCACCAAUUAGUGGAUGGGCUAAGAGAAGCUGAGCUUGCUAAAUCUUUCAUUGGCACCACCAAGAGAGGCAUUGGACCUUGCUACUCCAGCAAGGUUAACCGUAACGGCAUUCGAGUGGGUGAUUUGAGGCACAUGGAUACCUUUCCUCAGAAGCUUGAUCUUAUAUUGUCAGAUGCAGCAUUGAGGUUCAAAGAUUUUAACUAUGGUCCAGACGUGCUCAAGGAAGAAGUUGAAAAAUACAAGAGAUAUGCCGAGAGGUUGGAGCCAUUUAUUGCCGAUACUGUGCAUGUCAUGAAUGAAGCUAUAGAACAAAAGAAAAAUAUUUUGGUUGAAGGAGGACAAGCAACCAUGUUGGACAUUGAUUUUGGAACUUAUCCCUUUGUUACUUCUUCUAGCCCAUCAGCAGGUGGGAUAUGCACUGGUCUUGGUAUUGCUCCAAGGGUAGUUGGUGAUUUAAUAGGAGUGGUGAAGGCAUACACUACAAGAGUUGGUUCUGGUCCUUUUCCAACUGAAAUUUUGGGUUCAGGAGGUGAUCUCCUCAGAUUUGCUGGGCAGGAGUUUGGCACAACUACUGGCCGUCCUCGACGGUGUGGUUGGCUCGAUAUAGUUGCAUUGAAAUACUCAUGUCAGAUCAACGGUUUCUCAUCGUUGAAUCUUACCAAGCUGGAUGUUUUAUCGGAUCUUGAUGAAAUACAGUUGGGUGUUGCUUACAAACUUGUUGAUGGCACCCAAAUCAAAUCAUUUCCUUCAGAUCUCCGUCUCCUUGAGCAAUUGAAGGUGGAAUAUGAAGUACUUCCUGGAUGGAAAUCUGAUAUUUCUUCUGUAAGAAACUACUCUGAACUUCCAAAAGCUGCACGUCAGUACGUGGAAAGGAUAGAAGAACUUGUGGGUGUCCCUAUCCACUACAUUGGUGUUGGCCCUGGACGUGAUGCUCUCAUAUACAAAUGAGUUCAUGUUGGAUUUGCAUGCCUCUCUUGGUAAGUUGAGGCCUUUUGCGGUAGAGGUGUCUAUUCCCGCCAACUUUCUGAGUUUUGGAAUGGAAACACAUUUGUAGUGACUAGUGAGGAUCACCAACAUGAUGUAUUAUGUUGUUAGUUGUUAUCAAUGGCAUUUUGGGGGUUUUUUUUUUGUAGAAAUUUGAUACAGGGUAUUCACCGUCUAAUUUUGCUAUACCGUCGGAAUGAUGAGUAUGAAUUAGAUGUAUGAUGAUCAUUUCUGCCCUUAUUGUGGUAUUCAUGUAGCGGAAAAUAAUGUUGUACUUGUAACUACCCAAGGGCUUUUUGCUUUCAAGUAUCCACAGAAUUGCAUCAUGAUUUUGUU